AUGCCUGUGGUACCAAAUAGGAAGGACUUCAUUGACAUUAUCCUAUCUCGCACCCAGCGACAGACCCCAACCGUAGUCCACAGGGGUUCUGCCAUUUCCAGCCUCCGGAAGUUCUAUAUGCGAAAAGUCAAAUGUACUGAACAGAAUUUUCGUGAGAAGCUCUCUACAAUCAUUGAUGAGUUUCCCAGGUUGGAUGAUGUGCACCCAUUCUAUGGUGACCUCCUUCAUGUUCUCUACAACAAAGACCACUACAAGCUUGCACUUGGUCAAGUCAAUACUGCAAGGAAACUUAUUGGAAAGAUUUCUAAUGAUUAUGUGAAAUUGUUGAAGUAUGGUGAUUCACUUUACCGCUGUAAGUGUCUCAAGGUUGCUGCUCUUGGCCGCAUGUGCACGGUUGUAAAGAGGAUUGGCCCUAGUUUAGCUUACCUAGAACAGAUCACUAGGGCUGAUGUGGAUGUCCAUUCAUUAACAAGAUCACUAGGCCUGAUGUGGAUGUCCAGCCAUACACCAGGGAUUUUGGACCGACCAUUUGAAGAUCGUAACAUUAUUGAGAUGUGCAGCAUCACAGCAUUGGCGCAUUUGAGAGCUGCUGCUGUGUUGUUCUUCUUGGACAUCUCGGGGUCUUGUGGGUACAGCAUUGCCCAGCAGGCAGCUCUGUUUCACAGCAUUAAAUCUCUAUUUAUGAACAAACCAUUGAUAAUAGUCUGCAACAAGACUGAUUUGCAGCCAUUGCAGGGUAUAUCUGAGGAAGACAUGAAGUUGGUUAUGGAGAUGAAAUCUGAAGCAAUGAAGACAGUGAUUGGUCUAGGAGGUGAGGCUACAAAUGAUGAGGGGGUACUCUUAACCAUGAGCACUUUGACCGAGGAUGGGGUGAUUUCUGUAAAGAAUGCAGCUUGUGAGAGGUUAUUGAAUCAGAGAGUGGAUUUGAAGAUGAAAUCGCAAAAGAUAAAUAACUUCGUAAAUCGUUUUCAUGUUGCAAUGCCACAGCCACGUGACCAGAAGGAAAGGCCUCCAUGUAUACCUCAGUCAGUUUCAGAAGCUAAGGCCAAGCAAGCAGGGGACAAGGAAAAGAGAAACACGGAAAAGGAUUUGGAGAAUGAGAAUGGUGGUGCAGGUGUGUGCUCUGCUAAUUUGAAGAAGAAUUAUAUCUUAGCCAAUGAUGAAUGGAAAGAAGAUGUCAUGCCAGAAAUUCUUGAUGGGCACAAUGUGUAUGACUUUGUUGAUCCUGACAUUGUGCAUAGGCUUGAUGAGUUGAAACGAGAGGCAGAGGAGGGCGAUGAUGAGUUUGAGAUGGAUGACAUGGAAUUGACUCCAGAAGAGCAAAAGACAUUGGUCUAG